GGACACAACCGUAAAAUCAGAGACACAUAAGGGCCAGAAGGCUGCAAACGACGCAUUACAUAGGGUUCUUGCAGGUUCUCAGCUCGUUGAUUGGGAAUUUCUCGCUUCUCUCCUUACGUAAAAGCCCGAGUCUUCUUCUAUCUCCCAUCGCAUCAGAAGGCAAUCAAGAAGCAAGAGCUUAAUCAUUUCCUACAACCAUGUCGUUCAACACUGGAAUGAGGUCUUGUGCCAAGUUGUUGAUGUCUUCAGAAGCAAUUCUGCCAAACUCAGCAAAGAGGGGUUUCCACUCGACUGGGGUGAAGAGUAUGGGAGGAGGACAUGGUCAUGAUGAACCAUACUACCUGCAUGCCAAACACAUGUAUAACUUGGACAGGAUGAAAUUCCAGGCGUUGAAAAUGAGUCUUGGAGUGUUUACUGCGUUCAGCAUUGGUGUGGGUGUUCCAGUCUUUGCUGUCGUAUUCCAGCAAAAGAAAACGGCCUCUGGAUGAGAAUCCUGCUUCUUUCUGAUAGCAAUAAGAGAUGCAGCAGCAUCCCUUUUGUUUGGGAUUUUGUCUGAAAUUUGUCACAUUGCCUCUUGCAAACAUGUAUUUCGAAUGUCAAAUACAUGGGACAGCUUCCUUUUUAUAAAUUUCUGGCGAGACCAUUGAAGUACUA